CUGGUGGUGGGCUGCGGGAACUCGGAGCUGAGCGAGCAGCUGUACGACGUGGGGCUGUGCGAGGACAUCGUCAACAUCGACGUGAGCGCCGCCGCCGUGCGGCAGAUGCGAGAGCGCAGCGCCGGCAGGAGGCCCGGGAUGAGCUACCUGCUGAUGGACGUGCUUCAGAUGGACUUCCCCGACGCCCACUUCCAGGCGGUUCUGGACAAAGGCACGCUGGAUGCCAUCCUCGCCGACGAAGAGGAGGCCACUCUCGCCAAGGUGGACAGGAUGUUUGCCGAGAUCAGCCGGGUGCUGCAGGUGGGAGGGCGCUACCUCUGCGUCUCCUUGGCUCAAGCCCACGUGCUGAAGAAAGCAGUGGGAUACUUCUCCCAGGAAGGCUGGGUUGUUCGUGUCCAUCAGCUGGCUGGCAGUGGGGACAAGCAGCAGUUUGUCCUGCCUGUCUUUAUCUACGUCAUGACAAAGUUCAGGAAGAUCCCUGGCUCAGCAGCACAGAUCCUGGAGAUUUGCCCUGAGGAGCAAGAGAAGCCCGUGAGGGUGGAGAGCGCGGAGCUGCUGGUGGCAGCGGUGAAGGACAGGCAGCAUUAUGCCCUGCUCUGCAGCCAGCUGAGCAAAACACCCUGCAGGGAGCAGCUUUCCCUGGAUCUGUGCGAUAGGGAGAGCAGGAGGCCUCGCUACACGCUGCACGUCAUCGACAGCCCCUCAGUGAAACCCUCCCGGGAGAAUCACUUCGCCAUCUUCAUCAUCCCACAGGGCAGAGAAACCGAGUGGCUCUUUGGGACAGAGGAAGGGCGGAGGCAGCUGGCCAGCAGCGCGGGCUUUGGGCGCCUGGUCACCGUGGCCCUGCACAGGGAGCAGCACUACGAGGGCAUGGCAGGCAUCCAGGCAGAGCUGUCUGGGAAGGUGAUGGAACUGGCCCCACCGGGCCUCCCUGCCCGGCAGCAGGUGCCCUUCCUGUCCGUGGGAGGGGACAUCGGGGUGCGGACGGUGCGACACUGUGACACCAGCCCCUUGAGUGGGGAGUAUGUCGUGGAGGACGUGAAGGGGGAUGGCACCUGCUACUUCAGACGCCUCGUUUUCCUCCACAACAGGAACGUGGUGCAGUCAGAGGCUCGGCUCCAGGCCCCUGUGCCUGCCCCAGGCCAGAAGAAACGAAGGAAAGACAAGAAGAAACCCAGCUCCUCUGAUCCACCCACGGCCAUUGACAAGAGCUACCUGUGCUGUGAGCACCACAAGGCCAUGGUUGCAGGGCUUUGCCUGCUGGGAGGCCCUGACCCCCUCCCAGGAAGGCCGGUGGCAGUGCUGGUGGUGGGGCUGGGUGGGGGCAGCCUGCCCCUCUUCAUCCACGACUACUUCUCGCAGGCCCAUGUGGCCGUGGUGGAGAUCGACCCCUCCAUGCUGGAGGUGGCCACGCAGUGGUUUGGCUUCUCCCAGGGUGACCGGAUGCAGGUGCACAUCUCCGAUGGCCUGGACUACGUGGCCAAGCUGGCAGCAGAAGCCCCAGCCAAGUAUGAUGCCAUCAUGUUUGAUGUGGACAGCAAAGACCUCACGGUGGGGAUGAGCUGCCCACCCCCAGCCUUUGUGGAAAAGCCCUUUCUGCAGAAAGUUAAAACCAUCCUCAAGCCAGAAGGACUCUUCGUGCUCAACUUGGUGUGCCGUGAUGCCCAGCUGAAGGAGUCAGUCUUGGCCACCCUCAGGGAGGUGUUCCCGCUGCUCUACACACGCCGCAUCGAAGGGGAGGUUAAUGAGAUCCUCUUCUGCCAGCCCAGCCCCAAGGGCCAGUGGGGGCCCACAGAGCUGGGGGCACGUGCCCAGGCACUGGAGGGGGCCCUGCGACAGCCUGGGCGCCCCUGGGACAGCUCAUACGUGCUGGCAGACAUGCUGCAGGCUGUCAAGAUCCUCUGAGAGGCGCCCUGAUGC